AUGUCUGGCCGCCAGGGAGGCAAGCUUAAGCCCUUGAAGGCACCCAAGAAGGGCAAGGCUGAGGAGGACGAGGACGACGCGGCGUUCAAGGCGAAGCAGAAGGCCGAGGCUGCGAAGCUCAAGGAGAUGCAGGCAAAGGCUGCCAAGGGCGGUCCUCUGCUCGGCGGUGGCAUCAAGAAGUCGGGCAAGAAGUAG